AUGGCUGCGGCUCCGAGUGCCGUCAGCCCUUUCCUGCCCGACAAUAAACGACUUACAAAUAUAACAAACGUCAUCCUCGACAAUCUACCAUCCAUGGAAUGUUUAGAUGACAACAUUUCCCUUGAUAAGUUGAAGCAUCAUCUUCUCAAUCACGAGAGCACCGUAUUGCAGCGAGACCAAACACCACAGACGCCUGAUCGUCUUUAUUCAAGGUCGGUAGACGUGGAGGGAAGUUCGAAGCAAUACAAACAACAAGUCGGUCAUCUGGACCUCGAAAACUGUUGGGUCCUUGAUCUACUCCUCAUUGCCAUGUCAGCCAGCGCUCUUUUUGUUACAAUUGUUCUGCUCCGAGUACAUGACGGUAAAAGGCAACCAAUGUGGCAGGUGUUGUCUCUCAAUUCUCUGGUCUCCUGGCUUAGCACCUUUUCCAAGGGCUGCCUGCUGAUACCGGCCUCUAAAUCACUAAGUCAGCUUAACUGGGUGUGGUUUGCCGCUCGUCCUCGUGAGCUUUGGGACCUUGAACAUUUCGACGCUGCUAGCAGAGGGUUCCUUGGGAGCGCCAGUCUACUGUGGAAGCUGAGGGGAAAACAUUUCGCAUCUUUUGGCUGCCUUGCUCUAAUUGCAGCUUUGGGAUUCGACCCUUUCAUCCAGAAUUUGAUUCAUUACUAUCCAGAGCAAAUCGAAGACACUUCCUUGAGCGCUUUCACGGGGAACUCCACCUCAUACAAUGUCCUGGGCAGGGAGAUUGAUCCUUCAAUGAAGGCAAACGUAUACAACUCGAUAUUCAAUCCCAACCAAGAAAACUACUGGGCCACACCUCAAUUCUCAUGCCCAACUGGCAAUUGCUCAUGGGAUCCAUUUACAACUCUUGACUUCAGAUCGUUAUGUUCCGACAUCAGCUUUGAUCUGAAGGGGGUAUGCAUCAAUAUCACGAAUGAACUCAACGCGAGCGUCCCCCAAUGCAAGGCAUCACUGUCAAAUGGUGCUGCACUAUAUUUUACACAAUCAUAUGGAGAAGAGUCAUAUGGACAUUCUUCAUCUUCACUAUCCAAGAAAGUCCAACUCGGGCUCAAUGCGACACUCAUGAUGGUCACGGCCAGCAAAAUGCCACUAGUGUACAAGAACAUGUCUCUAGUUUCUGUGCAGUACAUCAUGGCCAUCAGCGGUGCUUGGAAUCGAUCCAACGACACCGUCGAAGCCUUUGGGAAGACCCGAUUUAGGGCAACGGAAUGUUCUAUAGAGCCCUAUGUCAGGAAGGUGCAGGCAAAAGUCAUUAAAGGUGUCUACCACGAGACGACACUAGACUCCUGGGCAAACGUGAGCUUUUCAAACACUUGCGGCACGCGGUUCUCACCACCGCCACAGCUCACCGGCAGCGCAGAAAAUGACACCAUUCCGCCGCCAGAAGUGACUUUUGGGGAUACCAGUAUCCGCCCGAAAACCGAAUCAGUGUUUUACCAUGUUCCGAGCGUGCUAGUGAGCACCACUGCCAAGGACGCGACAUCUUCAUUCCUCGCCCAAAUACUCAAUGGGUGGGUUACGUUCCGGGCAGACUCGUUUGCAGUCUUCACCACUAUCCCCAGCUUAUCCAUGAGCCCCAACUAUGCGCCUAGAGAGAUUGUUACGGCCUUGUUCAAUGGCAACUUUGACUGUCCGUUGAAUGACCGCCUGGCGUGCGCCAUGCAGAAUGUCGCGGCAGCCAUGUCAAAGACGGUACGCGACGCGUCAUACGUUGCAAGCGGAGGAUACAAGAACGCAGACAUGUCUCAAGGUCGGGUCUGGACCACUGAAACAUUUAUCGCGGUGCACUGGCACUGGAUCAGCCUACCAGUCAUGGUAUGGCUACUGGGGGUGGUGUCUUGGGCCGGAACGUUGAUCAUGUCGCGAAAGGCAGGUUUGGAGUUAUGGAAUAGCAGCGUUAUGCCAUUCCUCUUUUUAUAUCGGCAAGAUUAUCAUGGCAACAAUGGACUCGAUCCGACUCGGACACUUUUUUCGAAUCCCUCUUUUCAGAAGCGAGCUGACGGGGUCAUUGUGCAGUUACGUUGCGAGUCUGGGGAAAUGCGACUUGGCUAG